AGACAAAUAUGAUGUUUUCACGUGUUCCGGUGUGUCGUUAUUUGUUAAAUCUUGAUUGCGAUUUACGGAAGUAAUAUCAAUUUACAACGUUUCCUUGGAUAUGUCAAGUGCUUACAAAGUUUAUAAAAAUCCCUUGAUUAAACUGUUUCGAGCGUGGAUUUUUAGGGGAAAAGAGUAGAAGACAUUGAUGUUGAUAGAAAUUGAAGUCAUGAUGUUGGUUUUAAUUUUCGUCUCGUCUUUUCUCUGCUCGGCGUCCUCCUAUAAACCAGUUGUUCUAGUCCAUGGAGUGUUUGGAUCGGCUGUUGAAGAAUUCGCAAACACUUUUGAAAAAUGGAUACCUCAUGAACACCCAAACACGACACUAUAUCCCAUUAAUCUGUAUGAAGAUGUGACUAGUAUCGUUCCGAUGUGGACCCAAAUCACCAAAAUCAGACAGCGGGUAGCCAGCAUCAUGGCCCGGCAUGCCCAGGGAAUCCACUUCCUGUGCUAUUCACAAGGUGGACUAUUGUGUCGGGGUGUGCUCUCCUCGAUGGAUCAUAAUGUGGACACAUUCAUCUCCUUGUCCUCACCACAGGCCGGACAGUACGGCAUUCCAGACAUCUGGAAAAAGCACAUCGGAUUUCCCUGUCUAAAAUCUUCUAUGUACAAGAUACUAUACAAGAAAUUUACCCAGAAGAUACUGUCCAUUGCAAACUACUGGAAUGAUCCUCAUCACCAGCCUCUUUAUCGGAAAUAUUCGGAGUUCCUCGCACCUUUAGAUGGAACGACAGUGACACCAAAUUUAACCGAAUUCAAAAAGAAUUUUUUGAAACUUCGCAAGAUUGUAUUGAUUGGCGGACCCCAGGAUGAAGUUAUUAAACCCUGGCAAUCUAGCCACUUUGGAUUCUUUGAUGAAAAAGAAAAUAUAGUGGAAAUGAAGAAACAAAAGUUUUUCUUGGACGACGAUUUCGGAUUACGAACACUGUACAAUCAGGAGCGAGUGAGUACCUUCACCUUCAGAGGGCUUCGUCACUCGGACUGGUACACUAACCGCACAGUGUUCAACAAAUCCAUUCUUCCUUUUCUGACGUAGGAGGGUGAAGAUGCUUUCUGUUAAGGAGGAUGAAGAUGACUUCAUGAAGGAGGGUGAAGAUACCUUUAUUAAGGGGGUGAAGAUGUCUUCAUUAAGAAGGGUGCAGAUGCAUUCAAUUAGACGAAUUUGCGUCAGGUUAUACCCUGGAUUCUUAAAACUUCGCAUAUUUUGCUUAGACAAGGUUUCACAUGAACAUGGCACUCUCUGAUGGAUUUAUGCUGUUUAAAAGUAGUAUGCCCGAUUCUAGGUUACGAAACUAAAACUAGCUUUUUUUCAAGUUUUUGCUCUGUGGACUGUAGAUUUUAUUGGAUGUGGACUUUCAGUUUGUGUCUACAUUGUUUUUGGUUCAGUGUAUGUUCUCAUUUGUUUAUUUUCUUUUUCUCUCUCCUUCAGUCAAACGCAAAUCAAGAGUCCCCCGACUUCACAUGUUCUACUGAAAUUUCAAUUCAGAUUUUGAAAAAAAUGCAAAUCGAUUAGAAUGACUAGUUUCACGACUGUUUGCUCCUCGAUUUUGUCUCUUUCAGCAGUGUCGAAACAGAUACCUUUCUCGCAAUCGCACAUGUUAUAGCCUCAAUUUUAUUUAUCUUGUCAAUUUAUAUUCUUGUCGUAAAUGCGAAGUUUGUUCAUAUAUUUUUUCAGUAGCACGAAUUAUUGUAUAUAUACAUGUAUAUAUAUAUAUAUAAUUCAAUAAAAAAAUCAGGAAAAUAUACAGUUCCAAAAUAUAUUUAAAUCACUAGCGCUUUCUGGAUUUUAACAUCCAUCCUCAGGUGAAUACAAAUUUUAAAUAAUGAAUACAAAGUUGUUUAUCUUAGAGACGUCUAUUGUGACGUCAUGACGUCAUGAUAGUCUUUGCGAGGAGGGAAUACAUACAUGACGUCAUAAUACAAAAAAUUCGGGAAAGGUGACUUGGACAAAAUAAGCAUGAACAUUAACAUGAUAAAAGUUGAUGAAUUAAGAGGUUUAACAAUCAGAAUUGAUUAAAGUUUGUUUAGUUUAGGAGAAAACAGUUUAAUGAAAUAAUUUUCUUUAGCAAGUCUCAUGGAUGUUGAUUCU